CUGCGCUCACCGCUGCUCCGAGAGGGAAACGUCAGCACUGUAAAUAGAAGUGUCUGUGUGGAGAAGCGCUUCGCGAGAAACAAAGGCGCCGGCCGUCUUCGGUGUUUAGCGCAUCGGCGUCGUCACACAUUUGUGGAGUUUUCGAACAACGUUCUCUUUUUUCUGAAAUCGACGCUUGAAAUUCUAGCGUUCGCGGAAAAACAGUCGCAGAAAUGGCCAGUUCUCCGGUUUUAAAUCCGGAGAUUCCGUACGUGGGAAAAGUGGAAGGAGGUCUGAGAGCGGGCACAAUGGUGAAGGUACAGGGCAAGGUGCCGCCUGAUGCUGUCAGAUUCGCCAUUAAUUACCAGCUCGGACCGACGUUGAAUCCGAGAGACGACAUAGCCAUUCACGUGUCCCCGCGCUUUUCCGAGGGUUUCGUCACGAGGAAUCACAUCGAGUCGAUGACGUGGGGCAUGGAGGAGAACGCCGGCCCGUUGUGGAUCCAACCGGAUCAGAAGUUCGAGAUACUAAUCCUGUGCGAUUAUCAUUGCUACAAGAUUGCGAUAAACGGCAGACACUUCGCGGAGUUCGCUCAUCGUCUGCCGUUCAUAAAGGUCACUCAUCUGGUGAUCGACGGCGACGUCGAGGUGCACUCGAUCGAGUACGAACAAGUGCCAGUCGAUCCGCCUAAAUCCGCAGUGCCCGGGGAUGUGCCGUCCGCUGACUUCGGCCCACCUCAGCCAGGUGGAUUGUAUCCGACGAUUCAGCCUGGUGGACCACCACCAGGUCCGUACGGACCUCCUCCGCCAACUGGCUACGGUCCUCCUCCCCCUGACGCAUACGGUGGUUACAAUCCACCAAGAGCUUACGGAUACCAACCUGGUAACGACAAACCGGAGGAAGAGGGUGUCUUCGGAGAUUGUCUGGAUAAAGUUGGACUAGCAAUAGGUGGACUGGUCGCGGCCGGAGGAGUCGCCGCUGCCAUGCACGCAAUUAAUAAAAAGAAGGAAGAGAGCGAAGAGAAGGAUCACGAGAAGUCGGACGCCUCCAAGUCGAAGACGGAGAGCGAGGGCGGCUUCGGGAACUUAGCCGGGACUCUCGGGAUGGCUCUGGCCAGCAGUCUGGCGAGCAACGCCUUGCAAGGCAACACACACGCACAGCAAGGCUAUCCUCCUCAGCAGCAAUCAAGUGGCGGCGGUGUAUUAGAUUCUAUUUUUGGAGCAUUAGGUGGAGGAGGAUCUCACCAACCUAACCAUCCUCCAAGUCAGUCUUUCAGUGACGGCCUAGGUGCAUUAGGGUCUAUUCUCGGCGGCGUUCUCGGUGGCGGGGGAAGUCAACAGCAGCCGGCGUACCAACCGUCCGGAGGAUACGGCGGGUAUCAACCUUCCGGCGGAUAUGGCAGCCAGAGCUCGACCGGAUCGGAUCUGCUCUCGGGUAUAGGAUCCGCUUUGUUCGGCUCGGCUCUUGACGGUCUCACUGGAAAACACGGAAAAGAUAAAUCUCACGAGGACCAUCGUUCCGAACCGCCUCCAAGAUAUGAACCUCCUCCUCCGAGAUACGAACCCCCUCCUCCGAGAUACGAACCUCCUCCUCCGAGAUACGAACCUCCUCCGUCAACACCCCCAGCUCCAACCCCACGGCCGGAAACUCCACCUUCGUCCGGCGGAAACAAAUUGUCCGCGGAGGAAAUUUCGAAGGGACUCGGACUGGACUAAAUAUGCUUCGCCCGGCGUAAGCAAGUACACACAAAGUGACAAUUUUACGCUCUCUUGUUGCUUUAACGUCACAAUCUAUCAUCACGUGUUUGUCAACAUCUAUGCGAUACGUUUGUUUCAUCUCUUGAUAUUAAAAAAAUAUUAUUAGUUGUAUAAGAUACAGAUCCAAGCGAGCAGGUGUUUCUCGCCACUAUGCAUGAAUCUCGUAAAAGAUAAUAUUAUGAAUUAUUAAUCUCUUGAAAGUUGAUAUUAGAUAGUUGAGAAGAUUUCAAGCUCGCUACGCAAACUUGUAUUUAUAUAUUUUUAUCGAUUUUAAAGAGAAUUUUGCAUAUCUCAAAUAGGAGAAUCAAGAUAGAAUCAAAUAAAACACUGCUUUUUACAAAAAGCCUUCCAUAAAAGCCCGAUUGACAGCUAUACAGGUAUAUAGCAAACGCGAUCGUAUUGUUUAUCGUAUUGUUUAAGAUUAUAUUUUUAUAAAAAUGUUUUAUUAUUUUAUAUACACAUAUAAAAAAGUGGGGCCUUAGGACAGAUAUAUAAUGUUAUAUGCCUUACAUGUGUAAUUGAAUUAUGAAUAGUGCACAA